AGCGGCUGAGCCUUGAGAUACUAAUCGAAUUCCAUUCAACAAAAGAAUAUAAUGGCUCCAUUAUUACUUCGUCCUGUAAACUGAAAAUACGUUUUAGUGCAUCAUCCAAACAAGAGCUAUUGCAAGUAUGUGUUAGGAUAUCCUAAAAUAUGUUUUAAGGGAUAUACUGCAAAUAGAAUCGGUAUUUGCUAGAAAGCUGUAAUAUUUCUGGUGCUACGUUAAGCAUGUAGACUGUACUCAAAAUACCACACGUACCAUUCAGAAUAGCCCCCCCCCCCCAUUUUUGCUACCGUGAAGUACCCAAGUUCAUUGAGUAUAGUCUCAUCGUCUAUUAUCGCUGUGUGGUGCAGUAUGUACCAUUACAGCAGCAUGGCGUUUCCUGGGAUUCUCCGUUAUGCUUUUCUCGUCAAGCCUCCUAUAAGAAAAUAAACAGCCACGUUAUUAUGACAAGCCACAUUGCAAAGAACUGUAGAAGUAUAGCUACGCCUCUCUAGAAAACAGACUGCCGGAGACGAGCAUAUAAAAGGAGAAGUGGUGUUUUUGAGCUGGGCUUAUUUUAGCAAACGAAAAGUAACAAAUAACAUUGUGUUGUUUGCCAAUAAGCCUAUAAUAAGAUUUGAAACUAUGUUGUUUCUCGUACUCGGUUUAUUUAGUUGUUUCAUCGCUUUCUUAUUGCCCGGCAUCAGUAGCACAAGUGACACCGGAAUCCGCGAUCCAACUGAUUCAUUUACUUGGCAUUGCCCCCAUCUUUUAUCCUACGCUGCUGAGCUAUCGAACUUUCAUUUGGAUUUUCUACUACGCCAUGCAGCUUCCAGUAAUAAGCAAACCAUCAGCCGAAAAGAAGAAUUUGUCACUGGCAGUUAUUCAACUGACACGCCAACUGAAUAUCCGUGGCAAUUCGCUACCGAUUCAUCUCAAACGACUCAAUACGUCGAGCUGCUCCAUCGGCUAUUAGACAAAAAAUACGACCAUCAGAAGAAACAACAAUUCAGAAAAUCAUUCCGCUCACGGCGAUUGCGAUCACUACCUAAAGGACCUCCAAGUCCAAAUGACCGAAAGUUUGAAGAAAAAGAAGAGGACAACGAAAUUUCAGAAUCAGACUCCAAGUUUCUGAAACUAAAAUGGCAUUUGCUUGGUCUGAAACUGAACCUUCUAUCUCACCUUUGUAACUGUCCACCUGGUCCUCCCGGCGAAACUGGUCCACCUGGUAGAGAUGGUAUAAACGGCAAAGAUGGUGUAGAUGGUGUAGACGGGGUCGACGGUGUCGACGGGCUCGAUGGAGAAGAUGGAGAAGAUGGAAUGGAUGGUGAAGAUGGCAAAGAUGGUAUAGACGGAAUACCUGGAACGCCUGGAAAAGAUGGUGAUCCAGGCCCACAAGGUCCAAGAGGUCUGCCAGGUGCUGACGGGCAGGAUGGUAGGCCCGGUCAACCCGGCCAGCCCGGUACGCCUGGUCAGCCUGGUCAACCUGGUUAACCGUGCAAACCUUGUUAAGAGACACCUUAGGUGCAACCUGACCACAAACAUUCGCACGUGCUUUACAGUUAUUUAUUAACAUCCUUCGCUUGCUGGAAGGCCAUCCAAUAAUUCUCUCUAAAGGUGAUGACGGUGUUUCAAAUGUUAUGCUCCAAUUUAUAGCCAAUAUCCAAUGCAAUUCCCCCUUCCCCCCUUAUUCAGCAUUUAAUUUGAAAUUUUACGUAAAAGGGUGACUGAUUUGCAACGGAUUUGCAUUAGUUUACUACACACUUCUAAUUAUUGUGCUAGUUUAUGCCUUUUGCCUCAUAUUUUGGUCUUUUUGCUGAUUGCUCUCCCGAGAUCGUGAAUUGCCAUCUGGUCCCUGCUGUUAGUCAUCACCAAAACCACAAAUACAGUUAUUGAACUAG